GUACUCUUCUUCAUCUAUGGACCAGAACCACUAUUAUGCAUAUCAUUAAUGCAAUCUCCACCUCCCAGCCACUGUCAUGGAGAAGAAUACCGCCACAGCCAUUGUCACCGCCAACAUUGCUUCAAUUGUCAGUGGAAUAGUUGCACUUCUCCUUGCUUCCACCCUUGUUCAAGGAAUGGCGGGAACCAUUGGAGUAAACUACGGCACGGUGGCGAACAACCUCCCGCCGCCGUCACAAGUAGCCCGUUUCCUCCUCGAAUCCACCAUCAUCGACCGUGUUCGACUCUUCGAUUCCGACCCACAAACCCUCCAAGGCUUUGCUCACACCGGAAUAGCCAUCACAGUCACAAUUCCCAACGAUCAAAUCCCACUCCUCACCAACCUCACUUUUGCCCAACAAUGGCUCAACACCACCAUCAACCCCCACAUCCCCUCCACCAACGUAGUCCGAAUUUUAGUCGGCAAUGAAGUCCUCGCCACUGCCAACAAACUCCUCAUCUCAAGCCUCGUCCCAGCAAUGCAAACCCUUUACAAAGCCUUGGUUUCAGAGUCUCUAAACCACCAAAUCUCAGUCUCAACCCCUCACUCUCUUGGCAUUCUCGCCGCCUCUACGCCGCCGUCCGCCGGAAAAUUCCGGCAAGGCUACGAUACCCAUAUCCUAAAACCACUCCUUAGCUUCCUCAGAUCCACCAAUUCGCCAUUCAUGAUCAAUCCAUACCCCUUUUUUGGCUGCUCUGCUGAAACUCUCGAUUAUGCUCUGUUUCGGCCCAAUCCAGGGGUGUUCGAUGAAAUGUCUAAACGAACUUACACCAACAUGUUGGAUGGGCAAUUGGAUGCUGUGUUCUCGGCAAUGAAACUGCUUGGUUUCGACGACGUUGAGAUCGUUAUCGCGGAAACUGGGUGGCCAUCAGUGGGUGAUUUGGGGCAAGUUGGAGUUGAUGCUGAGAGUGCAGCUGAGUUCAAUGGGAAGCUUAUGCAACAUGUCAUGUCUGGUGUUGGGACUCCUCUUAUGCCUAAUAGGACAUUUGAGACUUACAUUUUUGCACUGUUUAAUGAAGAUUUGAAACCCGGACCAACAUGUGAGAGGCAUUUUGGGCUGUUUGAGCCGGACAUGAAGCCGGUUUACAAUAUUGGGAUACUGAAGCACACGGCAGAAUCGACCUUCCCAUCCUACCCAACCCCCGUGUCGACACCACCAGCAGCACCUGCAAUGAGUCCACUUCCAGCUGGAGGAGGAGCUAAGGGAAAACAGUGGUGUCUUCCCAAACCAGAAGCCGAUGAUGAUGCUUUGCAGAGGAAUAUCGAUUAUGUAUGUGGGUUGGAUUCGGAGUACUGUGGAGCCAUACAAGAAGGCGGUGUCUGCUUCAAUCCUAACACCGUUCGAGCGCACGCAUCGUAUGCCAUGAACUCGUAUUACCAAGCACUGGGUCGGAAUGGAUAUGACUGCAAUUUCGCAGAAACUGGGAUUAUCACUAAUGUCAAUCCAAGCUAUGGACGAUGCAAAUAUUGAUGUACAUAUUAGAACGAAGAGGAUUAUAAUCCAGAAGGAGGCCAAGAAUAAAGUAGUUCUUUAAAUAAUUUUUUUCUUUUUUCUUUUUAUUGUAGAAUAAAGUAAGUUGUAAUUAAUAUUUACUGGCGGGUAGCACACGCGAUACGUGUGCAAUUCAGAUAAUAAAAAUAAAUAAUAGAAAAAUUAGUAUCAUAAUAAAUAUGUUAUUUAAGUGAUAAGUGUGUUCUUAAUGAAAUCCAAGG